CGAGGGGCGGGAGGGAACCUCGGCGGGACACCCCGGCCCGGAGCCCGCGGGCAGCCACCGCAGCCGCUGCCACCACGGGGUGCGGGAUGAGCCUCACCCGGAAGAGGGGCUUCUACAAGCAGGACAUCAACAAGACGGCCUGGGAGCUCCCCAAGACCUACCUGGCGCCCGCGCACGUCGGCAGCGGGGCCUAUGGCGCGGUGUGCUCGGCCACUGACAAGCGGACGGGGGAGAAGGUGGCCAUCAAGAAGCUGAGCCGGCCCUUCCAGUCGGAGAUCUUCGCCAAGCGAGCCUACCGCGAGCUCCUGCUGCUGAAGCACAUGCACCAUGAGAACGUCAUCGGGCUCCUGGACGUCUUCACCCCGGCCUCUUCCCUUCGGAACUUCCAUGAUUUCUACCUGGUGAUGCCCUUCAUGCAGACGGACCUGCAGAAGCUCAUGGGGAUGGAGUUCAGUGAGGACAAGGUCCAGUACCUGGUAUACCAGAUGCUUAAAGGUCUAAAGUACAUCCACUCUGCCGGUGUUGUCCACAGGGACCUGAAGCCGGGCAACCUGGCGGUGAACGAAGACUGUGAGCUGAAGAUCCUGGACUUCGGGCUGGCGCGGCAUGCGGACCCCGAGAUGACCGGGUACGUGGUGACCCGCUGGUACAGGGCCCCCGAGGUGAUUCUCAGCUGGAUGCAUUACAACCAGACAGUGGACAUCUGGUCCGUUGGCUGCAUCAUGGCGGAGAUGCUGACCGGCAAGACGCUGUUCAAGGGAAAGGACUACCUGGACCAGCUGACCCAGAUUCUGAAGGUGACUGGGGUGCCGGGUGCUGAGUUUGUGCAGAAGCUGAAAGACAAGGCGGCCAAAUCCUACAUCCAGUCUCUGCCCCAGAGCCCCAAGAAGGAUUUCACCCAGCUCUUCCCACGUGCCAGCCCCCAGGCUGCGGACCUGCUGGACAGGAUGCUGGAGCUGGACGUGGACAAGCGCCUGACCGCCGCCCAGGCACUCGCUCACCCCUUCUUUGAGCCCUUCCGGGACCCCGAGGAGGAGACAGAGGCCCAGCAGCCACUUGAUGAUUCCUUAGAACACGAGAAGCUCACUGUGGAUGAGUGGAAACAACACAUCUACAAAGAGAUCCAGAACUUCAGCCCCAUAGCCCGGAAGGACUCUCGCCGAAGAAGUGGCAUGAAGCUGCAGUGACCGUCCGGCCCGGCCUCGGCGGGGCCCGGGAGGCCACGACAGGACCACACUCUGCCGCAGGACCACCACGUCACCGUCACUACUUACAUCUCGGGGAUUACGGGAAUGUAGCCUUCUGAGCUGAGAGAACUCUCUUCUAGUGGCCUAGGGAUCAGGCCCUGAGGGUGCAGAAUUCCAACCUGCUGUUGGGGGGCUGGGGGGGGAGCUGUGAUCACAGCAGGCUGUAUUAAAACCAAAGUAUGGGCCAUCGCCUGGCUGUGGGGUCCUUUCCUUCCCAGAGGGCUGGGACUAAGGACUCACACACACAUAUGUACAUAUAUAUAUGUAAUUAGUGAAGGGGGGUGGGGGGGACAGUAGUCAGCUUGCUACAGAUGGUGCAAAGGCAGUCGCUCCUGGGUCACUCUGUCCUCCGUCCCUUAGAGAGCCAGGGAUGGAAGGCCACUGAGCCCCAGGGCUUUAGGUGGUGGGCUGGUACCGCCAAGGUGUUUUGGGUGCCUGAUAAGCAAUGGAAAACGUGAGAAGACAGGGGGGCUGGGAAAUGAGUGUGGCAGCAGGCAGACCCCAGCUUUUCUUGGCUAAGGUGGUGAACCUCUGUCCCACAAUGCUUUGUGCUGGGAAGAUGCGUCUCAUCGAGAUGGCUUAAUUCCUCCCUCUGCUCUGGUAGAACAAGUCCAGACACGCAGGGCACCGGGCAGCCUGGUCUGGGUUCCUGCCUGGGGUCUCUGACAUCUGGCAUCACACGUACCAAAGGAACUUGUCAAAAUGCAGAUUUCCAGGUCUGAACAUGCCAACGACCCCUCACCCUGACCCCAGAGCGACUAAGCUGUAUUAGCCCAAAUGCAGACCCAGUAAGGGAGGGACCAUAUUGCAGUGGCAUUUAGCAUAUCAGGCGGCCAAACUGGAACCCACUGCUGUCUGAGUUCCCCUUCCCUGGGCGGCCUGCCAUGGGCCGUGCAGAAAAGAGCGCUGCUCUGUGUGGCUCCACUCCCCCAGAGGGUCAGGAGUCUCUUAGGGCUGUGAAGGGCUUCUGAUGACAUCAGGCAUUUUUGUUAGAAUCUGCCAUUUGGAGCAAAGUGAAUUGGUGAAUGCAGGUUACCCACAAUGCAUCGGUGUUAGGCCACCCUGUGUAACCAGUGUACCAUGUUCAUGCAAAGCAGUAACCGGGGUGAGGGUGAGGGGCAAUGUCUGUGGAGUCUCUAUACUGUCUGUAAACAUAAGACGCUCUGAAAAUAAAGCUUAUUUGAAAACAACAAAA